CCCUCUCGUGCCUCUCUCUUCGUUGUUGUAAUAUUAUGGAUCCUUCUUACCUUGUACCUCUUUGACUUCUUCCAUCCAUCUCAUCUAAUUGACUGCCCUAUUUGUACCUUGUAACUCCCCAGGUCUUUCCCACUACCUUCCCUCACCUAUACCUCUGGCACCCUCUCACCUCACUGCCACAUACAUACCACCAUUUCACCAUUGUCUACUAUAUCCCUUCUCUGGGAUCAACCUUGGUCGGUGGUGUCUUUCCUUGCCAUUGGUUCUACCUCAUCACCACCGUGCUGUGGGCCGUCUUCCUGAACAACAAGACCUCUUGUCUCAAUCUGGACCGCAUGUGGGUUCUCGAGACCACCAAGAUUCUCUACCCUCUCGACAAUAUGUCAUUCGCGACGUCGGAGCAGGCUCAACUUCCCACCCCCACUGACACCCCAAAACCCAUGGACCAAGAUGAGCCCUCACCCACCUCAUACCCUCAUCAUUCCACCACAUGGACACCAGUAGACUCUAUGACACCCAUCUCUACAAAUCCCUCCAAGAAGAGGUCACGCGACGACACAUCAUUUGACUUUGACACUGAUGGUUCAUACUUCACAUCCGCCGAUGCUCCAGCUCCAAUCCCCGAAGAAGAACCCAUUUAUGGCGAGGGUAUGGUUCUUCUUAACCCCAAGACAGGAAUGGGAGUUUCUGCCGAGAGCCAGACUGGUACUUGGUACGAACAGAAAGCAGAUGAACAGAUCUUGAAGGACGAAAUCGCCGCUGCCAACUUUCGACCAAAGCUACCUACCAGUCGCAAAUCAGUUCGUCUCUCCCAGAACUCCAUUCGCAUUCCUGCCGAUCUCACUGGGGGUUCGGCACCUGCCAGCCCACCCAAGACUGCAGUGGACCGACCUGAAUGUGACGAGGCCACUCUUGCUUUAGGUAUCGGUUGGACCAAGAUUUCCUCGGAGGACGAACCGAUUCAAGCCGCCGCCAGAGGUUGGGCCAAAUAUCUGGAAAACCAUUACUCCAGAUACAUUCACGGCGCUCAGAUUAUUUUAAAGAGCUCCGGCCUCAAUGCUUACUUGGUCAGUUGCCAGGAGGGCUACUAUCUAUUCAGUGAGGAUUUGCUCGAAGGCAAACUCGUGGGAAGAACAUGGGACACGUGCAUUCAAAACUUGAGGUCCUAUCCUAUGAAAUUUGAAGGCGAGCAGGUUCUCAAAGCAGAACGAACUCCAGGACCUGAAGCCGUCCAACCUCCAUCGUCCGAGAGAUCUCACAUGGAGAACUGGGCUGACUACAACCGACUACACAGUCCACGUCCUGUUGCCGUAGCCAAUGGCGGCGGCAUGGACGUCGACUGAUGAGUGCGCAAAAACACUACUAGACCUAAAAGUCCACAUGUCUGUUCUCAGCCCCAACGACCGCAAUCAUUCUGGGGAAUUGUGUGGCUAGCGGACACAAAGUGUGGUGAAUGGUGUGUGGUGGGCAUGGGUGGCUCAGCUACCUGUCUCGUCUCUGUGACAAUCUCCUAGUCCACAGCAUGCACCCCCGUCCCUCGCAAUGGAAGGAGCCACAUUCAUCCGGUCCAGGCAAUCGCAGGGCAUGCAGACAUGCAGAACCCAUGUAGGCAGGUGCAGUGGAUGCGGUUGCCUUGGAGUUGGUGGCCAGCGGUUACUGGCUCAUCCGCGGCUUGGGUGCUUUCUGCGGAACGGAAAAACCGGCACACCUGGACGUAACCGGCUAAUCCUCAUUGGGGCUCGUCCGUUCAAGCGAGAAGUUGCUCUGCUUGGCAACGGAGUUAUCACGUGUCGUGCCAGCCACCCAGCCAUAUUGUCGCCAUUCUGAAUUGCAAUCACGUGUGUGUGAGACGACGGCAAAGGACCGGAAAACCACAUCCCAAGUCCGAAAUUCGCUCGUCGCUAAUCACCUGACCGCCUGCUUCUACCAACAACGAGCUAGAGUAAAUCGCUCGACACGAUCAUUUCAAACACAUUCAAAACAAGCCAUCCCUGAUGAGGCCUACGCUACUUACUGUCCUUUGGCGAGUGCCGAUCUGAAUGAGGAUGGCCCGCCCUCAAAACCCACAUUCUUGCUCUUGUACGCAAUACACUACCUCUUUGUACAGUACUUUAUAAUCGUAGCGGUGAAUCUAGCCGCUAAACUGGGUAUAGUAGUAUUAAUAAUAUCAAAAGCAAUGGAAUGAGCAGCAGACCUGCUCGGAGUUCAGGAAAGCCAGGGUGGUUCUGACGCACGUGACACAAUGGACAUGCUAUGGAUGCUUGACUACCUUAGAAACCACUACACGUGCAAUGUUAAAAACCUAUAUAAAAUCCACCGUAGAAGAAACACUGUGGAAUUUCCAACCC